AUGGGCUGCACAGGAUCCAAGAUAGAUCCGAGGGAAAAGGAGGCCGCACAACAAAAUGCAAAGAUUGAACGUCAAUUACGCGCGGAUAGAAGGACGGAGUCCCGAACUGUCAAGAUUCUCCUGCUAGGUGCCGGUGAAUCCGGAAAGUCGACAAUCAUCAAGCAGAUGCGCAUUAUCCAUUCUAGUGGAUUUCAGGAUGACGAGCGCGUGCAGGUGAAGGCCGUCAUAUUUUCCAAUGUUGUUGUCGCAUUCCGCGUCUUGUACGAGAUCAUGCAAGACGAAGGCAUCGAGUUUGCCGAUGAGCACAACGAAUCGUAUGCCGAAUACCUCGAGACCAUUAAUGCCGACGUCGAUGCACAUGAAGCAUUCCGGGACAAGAAAGUCAAAGAGGCCAUGGUUGCGCUCUGGAAGGACGCCGGCGUACAGAAGGCCGUUACGAAGGGCCACGAAUUUGCGCUUCAUGACAAUCUCACCUUUUACUUCGACAACAUCAAUCGCAUGUUCGAGCCCGACUGGCUGCCCAACGACCAAGAUAUGCUCCAUGCCCGGCUCAGAACAACGGGCAUUACUGAAACCGUCUUCGAACUCCAGCAGCUUACCUUUCGCAUGAUGGACGUGGGAGGGCAAAGGUCGGAACGAAAGAAAUGGAUCCACUGCUUCGAAGGUGUCCAGUGCUUGCUUUUCAUGGCCGCACUCUCCGGAUAUGACCAGUGCCUCGUGGAGGAUGUAAACGCCAAUCAGAUGCACGAGGCUCUGAUGCUGUUUGAAUCAUUGGUCAACGGGGAGUGGUUCAAGGACAAACCCAUUAUCCUGUUCCUCAACAAAAUAGAUAUCUUCCGGGAGAAGCUACCCAUAUCACCUGUUUCAGCACAUUUCCCCGAUUAUACUGGCAAAGACGGCGACGAAGAAGCCGCCAAGCAAUUCUUUGCCAACAAGUUCCGAUCAAUCAACCGCAACUCCAACCGGGAAAUCUAUAUUCAUUUCACCAAUGCAACUGAUACGAAUCUUCUGAAGAAGACCAUGGAAGACGUGCAGGAUAUUUUGAUCCAGAAGAACCUUCAACGACUUGUUUUGUAA